AAUAAUAGCUAAUGUUUGCUAGCUAAGGUCGUGUUUACAUUUUGAACACCGAUACAAAUUAGGUAACAUAGCUAGCUAGAUCAUUUCAUGUUUAGAUAUUUUAUAGAGGACAUCACGCUAACAUAGAUAGCCUCUCCAAAACAGUUAAAGGUCGCUGGAGACGAACUUCAUUCAGGACAGUUUAGCAAGAUGUGUUCGGCGGUGUUGCUGUGUCGUGCCAGAUGGGGCUGGGAGCUGCACAGUGCGGCGCGGAUGUGCGGUGUUUGGGCCAGGAGAAAUGUCACCUACACGCAGGGCCAGAGUCCGGAACCCCGAAUACGGGAGUAUUUCUAUUACAUCGACCAUCAAGGACAGCUCUUCCUGGAUGACACAAAAGUUAAAAACUUCAUCACCUGUUUCAAAGAUAAGCAGUUCCUGGUCUUCUUCUUCAGCCGCCUGCGACUGAACGAGACCAGCCGCUACCAGGAGCACUUCCCCUUCCUGUCCCUGUGCGGCCGCGAGAGGAACUUCCUGCGCUGUGACGACCGGCCACUGGUCUUCACCCACCUGCUGCCGGGCUCGUCGGAGCGGCUGUCCUUCUGCGGGGGCGGCGACAAGCUGGCCGUUCCCUUCCGACCCGAGGCCCUCUUCAUGCACCCCGCGAGCGGGAGACUGUACCACCCCUGUCCCGACCGGGCGGGGUCCGUGGGGCUGGUGCGCUCCGCCCUGGCCUUCGAGCUGAGCCCCUGUUUCGAGUACCCGCCCGGGCAGAGCCAGAGCGGCCAGCCCACCCACUUCCUGUGGGCGGGACAGCGGCAUGCACUGACCGAUGAGCUGGCCAGACAUUUCCCCCAGGAAGAGGAAGAGGGAGAGGGGAGCUGAGAGAGAGGGACUGGUUGUUUUGGUUAGAAAACCAUACAGUCUGUCUGGCGCUGAAAAGCAGUUUGCAGAGAAUGCUGAGCUCUGAAAGGUGUUGCUCUGUUGGGUAUGUUGUCUGUUUCGCCCGUUGGGCAAGCGUCUGCGAUCACUUAGGUAUAGCUGACAUCAUUGUCAAAGCAUCUUGGUGAUUCUCUUGGCUUACCAGUGUGUGAAUAUCCAUUUGUGAGCACCCCUUUAAGACUUCCAUCUCAUUGCUGCAUUCACCUGAAGUUAUCUCUGCUUCACCUUCAAAUAAACUUCAAAUCACUUUUUCCUCAUAUUUUUUCCUCUCAAAAUUAUGCACAAGAUGGAGGCAUAUUUCAUUUUCCGUAUGUAUUUGAUGUAUUCUGGUAUAAACAUGCGAUGAGGCUGUGAUCACUCCAGCAAGUGAGUGGAGGCUACAGUAAAUUAAGAUAAGGAUGGGCUUGGAAUGCACUUAUUGGAGUCUCGAGUGACAACAUUGGUGCCCCCUGCUGGAGAGGGGAUGAAGUGACAGGAAUAUUUAAUGAAUUUUUUUGUUCGAUGUGUUUUGUAACCUCAGUUUUGCCCACAAGUUUGGUAAAUGUCAGUUUGAAACCAUUACAGACCCAGACAUUUCACACAAUUGAUUUGUUAAAUAACACCAAUAGUAAAUUAUUAAUACAUUAUUAAUAUGCAAUUCAUAUGUUAUAUAUCUGCAGAUAAGCCAUGUUGCAGUCCAUAACACAAUAUAGUAUACAGUA